AUGGCUGUGCAUCAAACGACAAAGGACACCUUUGGCCCUGGAACAUUCGUUGAUCGCGACUUCAUUGGUGUGCCUGCCGAUGCGAGUAGGCUACUGAAACACCUGGCUGGUAUCACACCUGGCUUCACGACCGAGGAGGCUGCCCUGAAUGAUGUCGAAUUCUCUGGGGGGGAACUACCCAUCAUCCCAGGACCCUUGAAAUCGCAGGUCUUUUCCGCCGUUCUACAUGCCAUGAUCGGCAUUGUUGCCAAAGAGAUCAGCGCACUUAAAGGCAUCCAAACGGGUAAAAUUCACAUCGACACUGACAAGUGUGGUCUGUAUCCUGCCACCGUAGCCCUCGUCGACAUCGACGGUAAAGGACUCGGUGAUGUCAAGACCGAUGGCACCCUUACAAAAGCCAGUCUGGAUGUUGAUAAGGGCUGCGUCAGCAAGAAUCACAUGUAUAUUCGCUCGUGGGCCAUCUACCCAACUCGGGAUCCUCGCGUCUGGUAUCAGGUAAUGAGUAACCUCAACGCCCCAGCAUUUUUCAAGGCCUACGAUAUCGACGGAGAAGCCCCUGUUGGCACCAGAGAAGAGGCGUAUGAGCUGAUCAAAUCCACCAUCUCCAAGUAUUCAGCCGCCGAACUUGACAUUAAAAACAUGGAGAACGGAUUUUGCGGGCAGACUUGCUUCACACCACAACACUGGGCAGAAACGUCGAUGGGCAAGCGACUGGCUACGCAUCCUUUGAUCGACUACGCGCAGGUCAAGGGCACUUCGGCAUUGCCACCCGUACCCUUUCCACAGACUGGUGAUGCUCGCCCGUUGGCCGGCAUCAAGGUUGUUGAACUAGCCCGCGUGAUCGCUGGUCCAGCAAUGGGAGCGGCUCUUGCAGCCCUGGGUGCGGACGUCAUCAAAGUUCAAAGCCCCGACCUCCCCGAUCUGCAGGUACGAGGCGCUCUACGCUCUAUAAUUACAUCGAUCUGA